GAUGAGUACUGAGAUAAUAAUGAAUAUGAUAAUAAUAAUGAUAAUAACUGUGAAAUACCAAUAGCUAUCAUUAUGUUCCUAUUGCGCAACUGUUGCUAUUGAUAAAAGUAACUAUGAAUUAAAUGUGAAGAAACAAAACAGAUAAUUUCUCAAGACCCCAGUCAAUUUAAAAAGAAAUUAAAUUCAUUUUCAGAUAAAUUGCUUUGAUAUUACUGAAUUAGGAGGUAUGCAUUAGGAGGGAUAUGCAGUCAUGCGUGGCUGUGGCCUUAUUGAAUUUUUAUUCUUAUUGAGUUUCACUUCCUCUAGAAACAAUAUUUAUUUGGUGAAAAGGGAACUGUGAUUUUUUAAUCUUUUAGUUACAGUGUGAUUGCGAUCAUUAUUUAAUGACAGCUGCAUGAUAUCCAGCAUUGAUAAACAUAUUCUCUGAGCCUGUGCAAAUUUAAAUGUUCAGACAUGACUACCAGUAUACUUCUAUUGAUUCUUCUCAGUGUCCCUGCACUCAGUAUUGAACAUGCCAGCAUGUUUAUCUUAAAGGAGAAACCGUUGUGCAGGUGGGAGUGUAUGAACUUCGCUCUCCAAUGGCCGGGAGCUUUCUGUGUGAGCUUGAAGAACAUCUCAGGCUGUGUGGUACCACAACAUGUUCAGAACUGGACCAUUCAUGGGUUAUGGCCUAUGCACGUUGACAAAUGUUGCGAAUGCUGGCCCAUUUUCAACUCCGAUCUUGAGGAACUCGAACCUGAACUCACCCAGCUAUGGCCGUCGUUGAUCAAGGGAAGAAAUUUCACAUUUUGGAGAAACGAAUGGAUCAAACACGGUUCCUGCGCAGCCUGCAAGGAAGGCAUGAACUCCCCGACGCGAUACUUUCAGACAUCACUCAAGCUGCGCAGACGUUUCAACAUUGAUGAAAUCUUGAGGAAUUCAGGUAUUGAACCUUCCUGCAUUAACUCUUACAAGAGUGAUGACCUCCGUAAGGCACUGGCUCCGAUUCUGAGCGACAUUCAUGAGAUCCAGUGUGUGACAGACGACAAAGAGCGGGAAGUAUUGGUCCAAGUGAAGAUACCCCUUUAUCUGAAUUUCACACUGGGAUGUCACCAGCACGACCAGGAUUCCGUACUCUCUUCCCCACCCUUGACCAAAUCUCCUUUACGUCCUUGUCCCACACACUCUCCCAUAUUCUAUUUUCCCAUCAAGCAUGAAGAUCCGUACCAUCCAUGUGCCUGAAUGCACACCAAGCACAAAGUCCAGACAUUUAGUUAAAUGUGACAGAUAUUCCAGCAUUUUACCAUUCAUUAAUGCUGUUUUCAGUUCAAACAUAAAAACUGUAAUUCCCUACUGAUAGUGUGUAGAAAUAAAUCCCACUGAAAACUG